AGUCUGUUGUGUAGGCUAGAAUAAAGAGGAAAUCUUCUGAGACAUGUCAUGUGAAAUAUGACUGAGUCUGUAACAUGACACAGAACGUCACAGGCGGAAGGUCAUGGAGCAAUAGAACGGAAGCGAGAGUAAUAGCACAUCCGCCGUUGUGGAAUAGUGUAUUCCAAUCUGGCAUUAGGCAGUUUCCGAGUGAGUGAUAUAUUGUAGCCGAACGUCAAUUAGAUUGGAAACAUAUAGGCUAACAUCAUUGACAUAUAUAAAGACGCAAUCCUCUGCGCUCGAGAAAAGAUUGUAGCGAUCUGACGACUGGAGAAAAACACCGCCUCUACAUACACAGAGAGAUUGGAUAACCCGAGACGAGCCGAGAAAAAAUACCGGAGUGCAGAAGCAGGAGAAACCGUGGACAGUCACAAACCGCAUUCAGUUUCGGCUCCUGGAGGAUGUCUGGAACCACCGUCGAUCAGAGACCCAAAGGACAAGGAAAUAAAGUACAAAACGGAUCAAUGCAUCAGAAGGAUGGAGUAAACGAUGAAGACUUUGAACCUUACCUAAGCAGCCAGACAAAUCAGAAUAACAGCUACCCACCAAUGUCCGACCCCUACAUACCCAGCUACUAUGCUCCCUCCAUCGGCUUCCCUUACUCCCUGGGGGAGGCCCCCUGGUCCACUGCGGGGGAUCCCCCCAUGCCCUACCUGACCACCUAUGGACAGAUGAGCAACGGCGAGCACCACUUUAUCCCCGACGGGGUGUUCAGCCAGCCGGGCGCCCUGGGCAAUACCCCUCCCUUCCUCAGCCAGCACGGCUUCAACUUCUUCCCUGGAAACGCAGACUAUUCCACCUGGGGCACCAGUGUCUCUCAGGGCCAGUCCACACAGAGCAAUGCCUAUAGUAAUAGUUAUGGUUACACCCCUAGUUCCCUGGGGAGAGCUAUAGCUGACGGACAGGCGGGCUUCAGCAGUGACGCCCAGCUCAGUAAGGUCCCGGUGCUGAGCAGCAUCGAGCAGGGCAUGACUGGGUUAAAACUGGACAUGGGCGCCGCCAUCACCAAGACUGUCGGCUCGCCCCUUGGGGGCACGUUGGGCAUGAGUAGCAUGGCGGCCAAUAACAUGCCUCCAUUGGUUAGUUCCUCUGCCCCCAAACCCACGUCCUGGGCGGCCAUCGCCAGGAAGCCGGCCAAGCCCCAGCCCAAGGUCAAGCCCAAAGCCAACAUGGGGAUGGGGGCCCCUGCCAUUCCCCCGCCGCCCAUCAAGCACAACAUGAACAUUGGCACCUGGGACGAUAAGGGCUCCCUCAACAAGCCCCCCUUAGCUCAGGCCAUGAUGCAACCUCAGACCAUGGUGCAGCAGACCCUGAUGGGCCAGCCCCAGCCCCUGCUGCAGAGCCCUCUGCCCCACCAACACCAGCACCAACACCAGCACCAACAUCAGCACCAGCAGCACCACCAACCCUUUCAGCUGCAGUCCCUCCAGUCUCCCCAACACCCCCAGCAGAUGCCCCCAGGCCCCCCUCACCACCACCAACACCCCCACCAGAACUUCUCCCAGCCUGGCCCCCCUCAACCUAUGCAUCAACACCAACAUCCCCAACCCCCACCCCAGAACCGCUGGGUGGCACCCCGGAACAGGGGCACCUUCAACCAAGGAGGGGCGGAAGGCUUUGGGAUGGGUGUUGGUGGGGUCCCCAUCAGUGCCUCUCCCAGCUCCGGGGAGGUGCACCCCGUGUUAGAGAAACUGCGGGCCCUCAACAACUACAACCCCAAAGACUUUGACUGGAACCUGAAGAACGGCCGUGUGUUCAUCAUAAAGAGCUACUCUGAGGACGACAUCCACCGCUCCAUCAAGUACUCCAUCUGGUGCAGCACCGAGCACGGCAACAAGCGCCUGGACGGCGCCUACCGUUCGCUGGGGGCCAAGGGGCCCCUCUACCUGUUAUUCAGUGUCAACGGCAGCGGUCAUUUCUGCGGCGUGGCAGAGAUGCGCUCGCCCGUGGAUUACAACGCCUACGCAGGCGUCUGGUCUCAGGACAAGUGGAAGGGCAAGUUUGAGGUGAAGUGGGCGUUUGUGAAGGACGUGCCCAACAGCCAGCUGAGGCACAUCAGACUGGAGAACAAUGACAACAAGCCCGUCACCAACUCCAGGGACACUCAGGAGGUGCCUCUGGAAAAGGCCAAGCAAGUGCUUAAAAUGAUUGCCACUUUCAAGCAUACCACCUCAAUCUUUGAUGACUUUGCACAUUACGAGAAGCGCCAGGAGGAAGAAGAGGCCCUGCGGAGGGAGCGGAAUAGAAAUCAACAGUAACUUUAAAGAGAACUCCUUGCUAGAGGUACAACACUAACGACGUAGGACCUUAAAUAAUUAGCCUAACUACGCAGAAGAAAGGGUCCUGCCAUCUUUUCUGCUGAAGACUACAACAACAAAGAGGCCAUAUCUCACGACGUGAACACCACGAUGGACUCACCUGUAUCAGUUCUCUGGUGCAUCAAUCUACCCUAGUGUUCCUGUCUCUGAACAAAAAUAAAGAACAUUACUCACUUUAAACUCUCUCUUUAAGCACUUUCAGUCCACCUAAAGCAGCCUCUACCAAUACCCUUUACUCUCUAAUAACUCUUAUAUCUCACUUAUAUCUCUCUUUCUGGACUUCUGUUUGUAAUAACUGACUAACCAGUGUAGUUAGUUUUUCUGAGGAUUUUACCAGACUUGUAGUUUUUUGUUUCGUUUUUUUUAUGCCUCCAAAAUAUUGGGGGAAGAAAAUGUGUUCUCCCCUUCCCCUCGAUGAACGUUAGCGCCUUCAGAAGAGAUGAAAAGAUAUUACAUGUAUAACAAAAUAUUUUACUUGAAUCUACACUCAGCUUGUGAUUGAUUGACAGGUGAGGGGAACGACAGGAAACGGCCAUAAUCAUGCCAAUCAUUAGAUGGACCCCCCUUAUUCCUGCCCCUUUGUUUCUGCAUCUUUUUCUGUGUACCAAAAGAUGAGGUGGAUGAUGUAGUGAGCUGGGUGAAUGCCAGUUAAUGCACAUGUUAGUUUUUUCUCUCGUGAUUAUCAUGUCAUUCUGAAGUCCAUUUGUCUGAGGAGAAAUCUGCUCCACGGUAACGGUUUCCUUGGUAGCUGUCAGUAUCUUCAGGCUAAAGCUGGGGCCUGUUCAGGAGGUUGCAAUGUUACACAACAUUCAGAUAGAAAAUGUGUCCAAUAGAUCUGAUUCUCUGUCAUGUAGAUGAGAACAGGAAAUAGUUUUAGCUUUAAACAUGAUGUUUCUAUCAGCAGUGUUGUGCAACGUUUUACCUGACUGAACAGGCUUCAGGCUCUCUGUCUCUGAAGAACUCUGGAACGCUUUUGGGAUGACCCUCCCUGGUUUUCCUAGGUCCAGGUAUAAGUUACCGUUAACCACAGAUCUGGGACCAGAUGCUCUACCCCAUCUCCUAACCUAAACCAUUAGGGGGAUGACAAUAUAUCUGGUACUGGAUCAGUGGUUAGGAGUGAUUUUUGCCUACUGCCGAUUGCUGCUUGGUUACAGAGGGGUAUCCCAAAAGCUGAACAUCACCAAGGAAGUGAGCGUUUCUCCUCAAGAUGAUUCACUAGUGAAAAAUAAACAUUACCCAUGUUUAGCAUAACAAAUGCUUCUGAGAUGUGUCUUCUUGCGGUCUGUUGUGUGUAUGUGAUAGUAUCGAUGUGUGAGCAAUAACCCUGUCAUCCAUUUUCUGUUUCUGCACUUGGAUGAUCCUAAAUAUUACAGAUGUUUUACUGGCACCAAGGCUUUUUAUUUUAUUUAACUAGGCAAAUCAGUUAAGAACAAAUUCUUAUUUUCAAUGACGGCCUAGGAACAGUGGGUUAACUGCCUUGUUCAGGGGCGGAACAACAGAUUUGUGCUUUGUCAGCUCGGCGAUUCGAUCUUGCAAUCUCUCGGUUCCUAGUCCAACACUCUAACCACUAGGCUCCGCUGCCGCCCCACUCCUCCAUCAAGACUGAUACUGUAGGGCAGGCAUCAUCAGCUAGAUUCAACCGCGGGACAAUUAUUUUUUUGAGCAGAUGGUGGGCUGGAACAUAAUUACAAAUAAUUUGUAGACUGCAAAUUGAUGGCAAGAAGCCCAAACAGAUAUAAUAUUUGACUUAAACAUAAUCAUUUUAAACCUUUGUAUACAUUCACGUCUCUAUUAUGCAUGGGAAUACUUGGGAACAUAUUUCCUAAAUUAAAAUCACUUUUAGCUGAUUUCCUGGUGAUUUAUGUAUUUUAUGUCCAACAAUGAAAAUAAAGUAUAUGUAAUGUAUCAUUGUUGUAAUAUGUACAGUGCCAGUCAAAAGUUUAAACACACCUACUCAUUCAAGGGUUUUUCUUUAUUUUUACUAUUUUCUACAUUGUAGAAUAAUAGUGAAGACAUCAAUACUACGAAAUAACACAUAUGGAAUCAUGUUGUAACCAGAAGUGUUAAAUCAAAAUAUAUUUAAUAUUUGAGAUUUUUCAAUGUAGCCACCCUUUGUCACCUGGAAUGCAUUUCAAUUAACAGGUGUGCCUCGUUAAUUUGUGGAAUUUCUUUCCUUCUUAAUGCGUUUGUGGUGGUAAACAAAAGAUAGCCCUAUUUGGUAAAACACCAAGUCCAUAUUAUGGCAAACGGCUCAAAUAAGCAAAGAGAAUUGACAGUCCAUCAUUACUUUAAGACAUCAGUCAAUCUAUUCGAAAAACUAUCAAGCGCUUUGAUGAAACUGGCUCUCAUGAGCACCACCACAGGAAAGGAAGACCCAGAGUUACCUCUACUGCAGAGGAUAAGUUCAUUAGAGUGUUUUUGGGUUGCUACUUGAUUCCGUAUGUUAGUUUUGAUGUCUUCACUAGCACCCUCUUUGGGUCAUUGUCCUGGUGGCUACUUUGAAGAAUCUCAAAUAUAAAAUCUAUUUUAAUUUGUUUAACACUUUCUGGUUACUACAUGAUCCCAUAUGUGUUAUUUCGUAGUUUUGAUGUCUUCACUAUUAACCUACAAUGUAGAAAAAAAGUUUUAAAAAACGUAAAAACCCUUGAAUGAGAAGGUGUGUCCAAACUUUUGACUGGUACUGUACAUAUACAUUACCGUUCAAAAUUUUUGGGUCACUUAGAAAUUUCCUUGUUUUUGAAAGAAAGCAUUUUUUGUCCAUUAAUUAAAUACAGUGUACACAUUGUUAAUGUUGUAAAUGACUACUGUAGCUGGAAACGGCAGAUUAUUUAAUGGAAUAUCUACACAGGCGUACAGAGGCCCAUUAUCAGCAACCAUCACUCCUGUGUUCCAAUGGCACAUAGUGUUGGCUAAUCCAAGUUUAUCAUUUUAAAAGGCUAAUUCAUCAUUAGAAAACCCUUUUGCAAUUAUGUUAUUACAGCUGAAAACUUUUGUGCUAAUUAAAGAAGCAAUAAAACUGGCCUUUAGACUA